AGAGAAAGAGAGAGAGAGUAGAAUCAUGGGGGACAAGUUUAUGGUGCAUGGGUUGAGAUUGAAAGAGAAAAAUAUUUUAUGGGGAAUGGUUUUUCUCAUUCUUAUUCAUGGAAUAGUUGAUGGAAGGUUUGUGCAUAGAAAGAACUUGUUGGAAAUUGAUAAGAAGUUAAAGCAAAUCAAUCGAUCUGCAGUGAAGAGCAUUCAGAGUGAAGAUGGAGAUAUUAUUGAUUGUGUUGAUAUCUACAAGCAACCUGCUUUUGAUCAUCCUGCACUAAGGAAUCACACUAUUCAGAUGAGACCCAGUUCUUAUCCAGCCUUUGAGACAAAUGUGAAGAAAGAUGAGGUUCAUGGAGCAUUAGAGGCAUCACAGCUAUGGCUUAAGAGUGGAAGUUGCCCAGAAGGAACAAUCCCUAUUCGCAGAAUCCGCAAGCAAGACCUUCUCAGAGCAACUUCUCUUGAAGAAUUUGGAAGGAAGAAACCAAGUUUUUCUACUAUAGCUAGAGACACUCACCAAAAUGGUGGCAAUUCAAUAAAAUCUUAUAAUAAGGGAGCCAAUCAUUCGGUGGCAAUACUGUUUGCCCAAGGUAUUGCAUACUUAGGAGCUGCAGGAAAAAUAAAUGUCUGGAAUCCUAGUGUUGCAUCAGACGACGAAUUUAGCGCUGCUGAGAUCGCGCUUACUAAUGGACCUUACUAUGAUUUUGAAAGUGUUGAAUCUGGAUGGGUGGUGAACCCGAAGGUUUAUGGGGAUAGAAGUACACGGUUUUUUGCAUAUUGGACUGCUGAUGCAUCAAUGAAGACGGGUUGUUUCGACCUCACCUGUCCUGGAUUUGUUCAAACUAGCAAAUCAGUAGCCCUUGGUUCUGUUCUUGAUCCUGUUUCAGCCUUAAAUGGAGCUCAAUUUGAGAUAUCUAUUUACAUUCAUUUGGAUGUAUUCACUGGAAAUUGGUGGUUGAAAUAUGGAAACAUCGAAGUAGGAUAUUGGCCCAAGAAAUUAUUUGUGGGAUUAAGCUCUAUGGCUGCUUCAGUUGAGUGGGGAGGUGAAGUGAAGAGCUCACAUAUAGGGCAGACUCAUCCUCAUACAGCCACAGACAUGGGGAGUGGAAGGUUCAUAGGCUCGGGAUGGGGCUAUGAUUGCUUCAUUAGAAAUAUAAGGAUUCUGGAUAACUCACUUACUUUGAAGUUCCCCCCUAUAAAUUACCCUUACACAGAUGAAUAUACCUGUUACGACAUCUAUUACCGGAGAUACGAUGUAACUGAUCCUGAAUUCUACUUUGGAGGGCCAGGUUACGACGAAUUGAGAUGUCCAUGAGUAAGAUCAAACUAGUUUUAGUAUCAGUUAGUUUCAAUCCCUGAUAUGUUUGUUUGAAGCUUAAGACUUUGUAGUAGUAACUGGGAUCCUAUUAUUAGUUUC